GUUGGAGGAGGUGUAAAACUGAGAGUAGAGCUCCUCCCUGAAAAACUUUCAUAUAUAUUUUCAAGUGAGAAAAUUAUAACUCACUUUGUAAUCCACCAGCAAAAUGUUCCUCUUCACUUUGGUGCUUGGGGUGCUGUUUCUACCAGAAGCUGACAGCCUGAAAUGUACAUGUGAACCACGCUUCUAUGGAGUUUGCUCCAAUGACACAACUCAAUGUCCCUCACAGAACUAUAGUUGUUCAGCAGCAACAGAAGUCACACUAUUUGUUACAGGUGGUGCAAACAUUACUGAGCUCAACUCCAAAGGUUGCAUUGAGUCUGAACUGUGUCUUGACUACUCUGUCAGCAAUGGAGUUUACAGAGUUUUACAAAAUAGCAGCUGCUGCAGUGGAGAUCUCUGCAACGCCAACAUUACCUACCCAAAACCUGAGUCCAAGUCCCCUCCAAAUGGAAAAAAGUGCUUCAGCUGUGACGGGGAUAAAAACUGCACGAAAACCCUUAACUGUGUAGGGGAUGAAAACUACUGCUUCACAAAAACAGACAAUUCACAAGGAGAAACCAUGAUGAUGAAGGGAUGUGCCUCUGAGGUGGUGUGCGCAGAUGUUUUUUCUCCAGUGCUGAAACGGUUAGUUUUACAGGUUUCUGAUCAGUUCACUGAACCAAAGAUUAGCUGCUGCCAGGGCGACUACUGCAACAUCGCCAGCAGCCCCAGCAGCACCAACAGCCCCAGCAUCACCAGCAGCACCAGCAGCCCCAGCAGACCCAGCAACGCCAGCAUCACCAGCAGCCCCAGCAGCACCAGCAGCACCAGCAGACCCAGCAACGCCAGCAUCACCAGCAGCCCCAGCAGACCCAGCAACGCCAGCAUCACCAGCAGACCCAGCAACGCCAGCAUCACCAGCAGCCCCAGCAGCACCAGCAGCACCAGCAGACCCAGCAACGCCAGCAUCACCAGCAGCACCAGCAGACCCAGCAACGCCAGCAUCACCAGCAGCCCCAGCAGCACCAGCAGCCCCAGCAGCACCAGCAGACCCAGCAACGCCAGCAGCGCCAGUACUGUUAGUCCCACCCUGCUGCUCCUGUUGGUGCCUCUGUUGUUUUCUAACUUAUUUUCUUAGCUCACAGAAGCUACUGCAUUGCUGCCAUGUUUUCUUUUUAAUCACAAUUUAUUUAAUAAAUGUGAUAAUUUUAUUUGAUUCUUUAUUUUGGUUAGCUAAGCAACAUUUUAUAAUCAACAACAUCCUCUAUACUUUGUUGUUCUAUACAAAAAAAAUAUUCCUCAAUAAACUUUUUUUUAUUUAUUUCUGGGUCCAGUACCUGUCUGAUUCUAAAUGUUUAGUUUUGAAAAAACAAAAUGACUUGGUGUUAUAGUAAUGAAUCUGUUCUUUUUCUUUUAAUUGAUUCUCUAUAAAUUCACUAAGAUAAGACCAAGAAAAAUUCUGUAAACAUCCUUAAUAAUUCACUUCUGUUGUGCUCUGAAAACAAAUCUUGCUGAAUAAAUGCAUUAAAAAAUAA